CGGCGGGCCAGGUUGUGCGGGGAGGACUGUGCGGAGGGACUCGGGGCCGGCCGGCGUGUCUGGCUGGCGGCCGGUGGGAGCGGGCGGGGGCGCCAUGGCCGUGGACAUCACGCUGCUGUUCAAAGCCAGCGUGAAGACGGUGAAGACCCGGAACAAGGCGCUGGGGGUCCCGGCCGGCGAGAGCCCCAGGGAUGAGCUGCUCAAGCGGGGCAGUCAGCGGCCCAAGAGCGACUUCUCCUGCCGGGCCCGCGAGGUGAUUACUAAUAUUGGGAAACUGAAGGAUUUUCUUCUGCAACAUAGAAAGGAUUACAUUAAUGCAUACAGCCAUCUUAUGUCAGAAUACAUUAGGAUGACAGACACAGAACGUGAUCAGAUUGAUCAAGAUGCUCAAAUAUUUAUGAGGACAUGUGCUGAUGCUAUUCAACAGCUGAGAACGGAAGCACACAAGAACAUCCAAUCCCCACAAGUGAGGGAGCACAGAGCAGCAGUCUUGGACUUCACUGAAGAUUAUUUAAAAAGAGUGUGUAAGCUGUACUCUGAACAAAGAGCUGUCCGAGUCAAACGAAUGGUAGAUAAGAAAAGAUUGUCCAGGCUUGAACCUGAACAGAGCAAUAAAGCUCAAGCACCCUUUUUCCCGGAAAAAAAUGUACAGAAUUCUUCAGAAGAAUCUGAAGAAAAACUUGCUUAUGAGGAAAAUAAAGAUCAGAAUCUGACAGAUGCCCACACUAACUUGGGGCUAUGGGGGGAUGGCAAAGGUGAAGAUGAACUGUCACCUGAAGAAAUUCAGAUGUUUGAACAGGAAAACAAGCGACUUGUUGGUGAGAUGAAUAGCCUAUUUGAUGAAGUGAGACAAAUUGAAGGGAAAGUGGUUGAAAUCUCCAGACUUCAAGAGAUAUUCACAGAAAAAGUCUUGCAACAGGACACUGAAAUUGACAAUAUUCAUCAGUUAGUUGUGGGUGCAACAGAAAAUAUCAAAGGCGGCAAUGAAGACAUAAGAGAGGCAAUCCAAAAAAAUGCUGGAUUUCGAGUAUGGAUCCUUUUCUUCCUUGUAAUGUGUUCAUUCUCCUUGCUUUUCCUGGACUGGUAUGACAGUUAAUAAAACAAAGCCUCUGUGUUGUUUGUACAA